AUGGGCGGUGGAACUUCUAUCUGGGCAUCCCCUGAGUGGAAGUCUGAUCCCAAGGAGAUAUUCAACUGGAGACUAUUCUACCUCACAGGCACUGUCGCUUUGGCAGGAUGCUCCUAUGGUUUCGACCAAGGUAAUAUUGGUGGCGUUCUCACUUUACCCAGUUUCAAGCGUGCAUUUGGACUGGACGUGUUGAGCGAAGAUGAAGCUGACCAGCGAUUGGCGGCUGGAGGUUCCGCUGGCGCCUUGAUCGCAGCACCAUUCGCCGACUAUGUCGGUCGAAAAUACUCGAUGAUCAUCUUCGGGUUUCUGUUCAUCGUCGGCGCUACUAUGCAAGAAAUUGCCAUACUAGAUGUUUUUUAUGCUGGGAGAUUCAUUGCUGGACUGGCCAUUGGAGCCACCAGCAUGCUUUCGCCGCAGUAUCUGGGAGAGAAUUCGCCAAAGAGCAUCAGAGGAUCAUUGACAACAUCAUACAACUUGUGCAUUAUCCUUGCGCUUAGUCUCGCCUUCUGGACCAACUAUGGUGUAUCCUUGUGGCCAACAUCGAGCAAUUUGCAAUGGAAGCUGGCAUUGGGCAUCCAGAUUAUUCCCGGAGGCUUGAUGUUUCUCAUGAUGUUUUUGGUGAUUGACACACCGCGAGCCUUGAUAUCCAAGGGUCAGAGAGAAAAGGGUCUCCAGAACCUAUGCAAGCUACGAAACCUCCCGACCGAACACCCAUACCUGAAGCAAGAGUACAUGGAAGUUUGUGCUCAGGUUGAUGCCGAGCGGGAAAUGACUACGGGGGUGAAUUAUUGGGUGGUCAUGAAAGAUAUUGCCACUGUUCCCAGCAACCGCCGUCGAUUCUUCCUGGCUUCCAUGCUUUUCUUGUUUCACAAGUUCACCGGAACAGACAGUCUCAACUACUUUGCUCCGGAGAUUUUUGAGAUGAUCGGUGUUCAAACCGGUUCUCUUACACUCUUGACCACUGGAGUCUAUGGUCUGGUUAAGCUAGCAACGACUAUCAUCUAUGUGGCAUAUAUUGUUGACCGUGUUGGACGACGCAAGCCGUUGAUCGUUGGCGCUGUUCUACAGGCAACGGCCAUGCUGUAUAUCGCUCUCUACGUCAAGUUUGCCAACCCCGACUCCACUGGUGGAACACCGGCAGGUGGCAUUGUUGGUAUCAUCUGGAUCUAUAUAUACGCCUUUGGAUGGUCCUUUGGAUGGUCUGUUGCCCCAUAUGUGGUGGCGGCCGAAAUCUUCCCCGCUCGGAUCCGCUCGUUCUCAAUGAGCUUCUGCUUCUUCAUCAACUGGAUUGUGGACUAUGGCAUCACCAAAGCCACACCACUGAUGAUGACAAACAUGGGCUGGGGGACAUUCUUGCUCUAUGCAAUCCUGACCUACAUCGGAGCGGUUUAUGUCUACUUCUGCAUGCCGGAGCUGAAGGGAAGAUCUAUCGAGUCCAUGGACGAUUUGUUCCAACGCUCCAUCUGGACCAUGUGGAAACACGCUUACCCCACCGAGGAGGAAAAGGUGCGCCAUGACGUGCAGGAGAAGAUUGUGGGCGAUCUAGCAGAUGAAGAAAAGGUGAUUGAGGGAAAGGAUCAAGAGUCGACGGUGGUGCACGCAGAGAGAUGCAAUUAG